AAUAAAAUAAUACAUAAAUAGAGUCUAUAUAUCUACUACAUCUCUGCCCUCACUCAAGCUCAUAUCCGCCUUCAUCGCUACAACCUAGAGAGAUAAAAUCUAGAGAGAGAAAGUGCCGCCGCCGUCGUCGGAGAAUUUCUCGUGAUUUACAAUGGCUGAUGCUGAGGAUAUCCAACCCCUUGUGUGUGACAAUGGAACUGGAAUGGUGAAGGCUGGUUUUGCUGGUGAUGAUGCUCCCAGAGCAGUAUUUCCAAGUAUUGUUGGUAGGCCCAGACAUACUGGUGUUAUGGUUGGGAUGGGGCAGAAGGACGCCUAUGUUGGCGAUGAAGCCCAAUCAAAGAGAGGUAUUCUUACCUUGAAAUAUCCUAUUGAGCACGGUAUUGUAAGUAACUGGGAUGACAUGGAGAAAAUAUGGCAUCAUACUUUUUACAAUGAGCUCCGUGUUGCCCCUGAGGAGCACCCUGUUCUUUUAACUGAGGCACCUCUCAAUCCUAAGGCCAACAGGGAGAAGAUGACACAGAUCAUGUUUGAGACCUUUAAUGUUCCUGCAAUGUAUGUUGCUAUCCAGGCUGUUCUUUCGCUAUAUGCCAGUGGGCGUACUACUGGUAUUGUGUUGGAUUCUGGUGACGGUGUGAGCCAUACUGUACCCAUCUAUGAAGGAUAUGCCCUUCCCCAUGCCAUUCUCCGUCUUGACCUUGCUGGUCGUGAUCUUACUGAUUCUCUCAUGAAGAUCUUAACAGAGAGAGGUUACAUGUUCACCACCACUGCUGAGCGGGAAAUUGUCCGUGACAUGAAGGAGAAACUUGCCUAUGUUGCUCUGGACUACGAGCAAGAGCUUGAAACUUCAAAGAGUAGCUCCUCUGUGGAAAAGAACUAUGAAUUGCCUGAUGGACAAGUCAUUACCAUUGGAGCUGAGAGAUUCCGUUGCCCAGAAGUCCUGUUCCAGCCAUCUCUGAUCGGGAUGGAAGCUGCAGGAAUUCAUGAAACUACUUAUAACUCCAUCAUGAAGUGUGAUGUCGAUAUCAGGAAGGAUCUGUAUGGAAACAUAGUGCUCAGUGGUGGUUCAACAAUGUUCCCUGGUAUUGCAGAUCGUAUGAGCAAGGAAAUUACUGCUCUUGCUCCCAGCAGCAUGAAGAUCAAAGUUGUUGCACCACCAGAGAGAAAAUACAGUGUCUGGAUUGGAGGAUCGAUUCUUGCAUCUCUCAGCACAUUCCAACAGAUGUGGAUAUCCAAGGGCGAAUAUGAUGAAUCUGGUCCAUCAAUCGUGCACAGGAAGUGUUUCUAAGUUCGAUAUUAUUUGUAUUGAGGUUGAAUUUCUUUUUCGAUUUAGUUGGAUUUUCGUGUAAUUUUUCAUGUGAACUCUAUGUUGUGGUUGAUUGGGAGGAUAAUGUGAUUUUGAUGUAUCAACUUUUUGUCCACUGGUUCACAUAUCAGUUUAUGUUCUGGAUGUAUGCUAAAGAUGACAAGCCUUCUAUUA